UUAGGCGUCCAUGUUCCAUGACAUGCAAGACUAGUAGUGGGUCUUUUUUUAACAGUUGACUUGAAGAAUUUCGGCAAUAACGACGAGUUUACCUUAUGAUUCAGGUGUUUUUUUUUUCAUGCGAGCCUCAAGCCUAGCCUUCAAGCCGUCCUUGGGAGGAAGGGGUAACCAUCCAGAUAUAAAUAGGAGGCCAGUUCGGCCGCCGCCACUCCGUCGCCCGGUCCACGAGUCGCCCGCAGCCUUCUUUACAGUAAAAUAUGAAAGUCCAUCUGCCAUUUUUCCAAACGGCUUGUAUCGUGGCCGUCGCAAAUUUGGUGACAGCCAGGGUACUUGGCUUGGGCACCGAAACCAAAGCCAAAACUCUUACAAGACUCGAAAACAGACUAGGCCUUGCUGCUGAACCGUUGAAGGGAAGUGCCGGGAUCGGAAGAGUGAUCCCUGCGCUCCUCGUCGGCUACGGAACCAUUCUCGGCAGUGAGGGUCGCAGCCGAGAACCGGAAGGCGGUAGAGAGGCAGGUGGCGGUCUGUUCUAUGGGGAAAUCGACCCGACUGGCCGCAAGGGGAGUGUGCCGUUCUCACCUACGGCGCUGGAUGACGACACCGUUGUAGUGCGGCUUGGCAACGGGAGCUUCGGCAUUGCGAGGAAAAGUUGA